CCGAAGGCCUACUGCUGAGGUUGACAAUUUUCCCAUAACACUAUGUUUUCGUCAACAUCUGUAGUUUUGAUGAGUCUGCUGGCCUUCCUCCAUGUUGCCCAGUUUGCUGAACUGAAACGCCAAGGUCAAAAAUACCUAUUAACGGAGGAAGAGCUUGGACGAGAACACGACGUUGAGAAACGAAACCCAAUCGUCUUCCCUGAAGACCACGACGGUGGUAUCUGCGUACUGCCAGCUGACACGGGACUCUGCAGAGGUGCAUUUCCAAUGAUUUACUUUGAUUACAUGGCGGGGCAUUGCAAACAAUUCGUCUACGGUGGCUGUGGGGGCAACGAGAACAGGUUCGACACGGUACAGCAAUGCCAUAUAGCAUGUGGUCGCUGAUCAUAGUCGGAACACCCUUACAUACAAACCGUAAAGCUUUCGCCUAAUACGAGAAUGGUUACGGUUUGUUGUAGUCUAUUUGUAGGUUUAGGGAAAUCAAAGGGAAAUUUUUAAAAGCAUGAACCCUAAAACACUGUAAAAAAUAAAUUAUAGUCAAAACGACGUUGGUUGGUCAUAAUAUUAGACAUCAUGUUAACUUAUAUAGUCAGUCAAAGUGAUGUGUAAUUAUUUUACUUACUCAGUCGUUUUGACUAUAAUAGGAAUUUGAAUUUCAUGCAAUAUUGAAAAAGACAACAGCAGUAAAAAGUAGAAAGAUUAAAGGUAAAUUUAAUAAGUGUUGAAUAAGUGCUGUAUGCGCCGUAGCACCUUGUAAACCCUUUUAUGGUUUUAGGUCCUUCACUCGAAAUAACUGUUCAAUUAGCAACUUGCUUUGGGUUUAGGAGUCCUUUCUUUAAUGUCAUACAGAACAUUCUAAGUUACCCAUAAUAACAUAACCAUCAUUCUCUUAAUAAUAAAUUUAAGUGUUUACUUUAAAAGACGCUGAUGAAAUUAACUAAACUAGUUUAUUGUUUUAACUGUAGAGUUAUCUAGACUCAAAUAUACAUUUAGUCAUUUUGUAACUGAAAACCUUUUAAUGCUUACUUGCCAUUCAUCUUUAUAACACAAUUUAACUUCGUUAAUACUUGCAUGUACUGUGUUAGGUUAAAUAAUCUGAUAUGUGAUAUGAAUUACCCGGUAAAUACCGCAUUUCAAUAUUACCCAGAUAUGAAAUACCAGUUAUGCAAAGUUUAUACUUUGUGAGCAAGCAUAGAGCAUUUUUUUGUGGGGCAAUCCGCGCUCAUAGAAUGACAAGAAAAACUAGACAUUAGGUGUUUGUGAACAAACACAAAGCUGUUCCGUGUUCUUUUGCUUUGAUUAUGUGUUAACAUU